GUAUUUGAUUAUUAAAUCAAUAUUUAGUUGUACAAUGGGACAAAUGGCUAGAAUAGUUCCUACUUGCGGGACGCAUGUAACGCGUAUGACGCAACUGUCGUCGACGGUAAGAGAUUGUGAUCGACCACGAGAGAUUGAGAUGGGCAAACCAAGCCACACGGAACAAUUGACCAGCUGGAUUACCAACGUGCGUCAGAAGAAGUUCAAGUGUCAUAAGAGCCCGAAACGUGACUUCCGGGUGGAGGCUGUGUUGACUUAUACCUUGAACAAGGCAGAGUACGAGUUGCGGGCCAAGCAGCUGUCGAGGAUAACACGUUGGCGACGAUUAAGAAAACAUCUUCUCAAGGGUGUAGAAUACGGCAGCUGCGGUCUAUACAAUGCAGCUGAACGAGAGCACGAAAGAUGCGAUCAGCGUCCGGACUCAACGAACAACAAUUUUUGGCGGGAAGAUUUGUGCGAAGAUCUCAGCAGCAUGGUGGAUUUCUUGCAGCAACUUAGCGAAAUCAAAUCGCUUGUGCAACGGUGACUAAUCUUGGAGAGCGCACAGCUUUUCUUUCCCAGGUGAUCGUUGAAGCAUUGUAUUUGUGAAGCUUACAACAGCAAGGAGCUUUCAACUAUAUAUUGGGCUCGUCCAAGUUUAUCUGAGCAAUGGAGGCUGUAACAGCAAAUGUUUCUUGCCACAUCAAUUCUCAAAAGUGUGUUUAAUCAAGUAACGCACUAGAUAAUGAACAAAAAUUUAUGGAUGAUGCCUUGUCUUCUUAUUUCCACUGUCUCGCUUGGAGUGGAAAAUGUUUAAUUCGCAAGUCAUAACUCGGGGAAUCUAUUUUGGAUGGAGUCUAUGUUCCAAUAUCAGCGACUUCGACCAGAAGAUCGGCCAAAUAGUCCUCUGCAGCAUUGCGGCAAUUUUCGCAGUCUUAUCGUUACCCUGGUAUAUAUCUGGUAUUUUUUACUUGCAGUCUCACCAUUUGAGAUGGCGCGGAUGCGGAGAAAGAAAGGGAUAAAGAAAGAAAGAGAAAUGCUGUAAUGCAGGUACAAGCAAUCCUUGGGAUUUCAUACGCGCGCACGCACAUACCCACAUCGAUCCUUCUGCCUGUCGUCGAUUUGGUUUGUAAACUGUAUCGAAACCAAAGUAUUUUCACUAUUUAGUAUCUUUGCUAAAGUAGUAUAUUUAAAAUUAUGUAUAAAGUAAUACAGAGAACAGAAAAGAGGAAAAAUUUUUACUGUUUUAGAAAUACUUUCAAGUUCCUUAAAUCUAUAAAAAUAUAAAUAUAGUGUAAGACUGCCUUGCAUUGUGAUAAUAAUUUUAUCAGUAUGUAGCAUUUAACUUUUUUUGAUCCUGAACAGCAUAACAAAUAAUUAAAGAAAUAAUGAAAUAAUAAAAUAAUUUUUAAAAAGAUGACAUUUAUUUUUUAAAUUGUGAAUGGAUUACAAAAUUUUUAUAUAUAAAGCGUAAUUCAUUAAAGCUCUCAAUCUAAUAAAUUUCUCUUUUGUUUAUUUUUAUGCUGUUUAGGAUCAAUGUAACGAAAAUAAAGGAUCUCGAUUAUUGUACAGCCGAAAGCUAUUGUGAUACUUUUAAUUUGUAUUUAAUACAUUUGUAAGUAACAAAACUGUGAUACAGAUUAGGUAAGCAGAUGAAGUGAGAAGUACUGAGAUGAAAUGUAAAAUAAAUAAAUACAUUUUACAAGUAAUAAUGUAAAACUUUUCAAUUUCUCUAUUUACCAACUUAUUAUUAAUGCCGUCAAUCGUUUUCAGUCUGGCACGUAGACAUCCAUAGAAAAUACACCUUAUCGCAAAUGAAGGAUCUGUCAGCAUGGACGACGUCGUUGUCGUUGUCAUCAGCUUAGAAAACCGUACCUAUAAGAUUGCAAUGAGCGAAAGCGAGAGAAAAACUAGGGGAGUAUAUUUGUGUUUUGCGUGAGAGAGAAAAGCUCUGUUUCUAGAGGCUGAUCGAAUCGGCGCACAAGCAAAAUUGUCUUCCACACGAAUCGCCACUAUACCGAGCUCGUCUGCGUGGUAAUUAUGACGAUGAGAAAUGGCUUUCAUGCAGUGAGGUCUCUGUUCCCCCUGAAUUGGUCGUUUCCCUGAACAAGGCUCGGAACAAAUUGAUUCUUGUUGAGUAACGUAAGCUAAUGGGAUACGGGAAUCCGUUACCCAACAGGUCGCAGGUAUUUCAAGUAAGGUAACACGUUAUGCGAGCAUGCAAAUAACUAGAGUUGCCGAAAAUUUCUCCUGUUUAAUGUAAAGAUAUGCUACAUGUAUACUUGCCUGGUGUUGCCAUAAUAUGUUCCUAUAUCUAUAUAAUCUUUGGCUACGCCGAGACCACGAUUAGGAUAGGACAUUAACGUGUAUGUUUUAGAUGUUCGAAGAGUAAAACAUUUAAGAGAUACCAAAUACUUAGCAGGAUGGGGAAGAUUGACGAUGUGAAAAAGAGUAUACGCGUAAGGACGCAUUAUACAUAAAAAAUUAAAACGUUAGAUUUUUUCAAUUCAAUAACAUUGAUUUCAACUUAAUUAAAUUUAAUUCAUUUUUUAAUAAAUAUGCAUAUUUGAAUAUAAUUUUGCAUAAGCAAUCUUGAAUUAAUGUCAAUUGUGAAAAAUUACAAGAUUCAAGGAUUCAUAAAGAAGAUAUUGGAGAUCUUAAAACUCGGAAAGCUUUACAGACCAGGAAAUUAAUUAUCUGAAGUUUUGAAGUUGAAGUUUAGGGAAUUGAAGAAGAAUCUUGCCACUUUUACACUGAUUUCGAACUUUCAAUCUUAACCUGCCAUUCUAAGGAUUUAAAUAUCAAAAAUGAGAGGGAAUCAAGAUACAUAAGAAGAAGGAAAGUUUGUAUUAUAUAAAAGUACAAAGUAGAGAAGAUCCAUUAAAAUUUGCACGCUCACGCACGCACACACACAUACAAUAUGAAUAGCAGGAGUCCUAGAUCAAUAUUAAUUGUGUGGGGCUUUCUAUUGGUAAAAUCUGAAUAAGUGAAAUUUAUAUGUAUAUAUUUGGAUUUUUUACCAAAUUAUUUAUCAUCCGUAAUUAUGGGUAAAUUAAACUCCGAUAUUAAAAGACGAUAUCUCAGUUUGGUAAUACAAUAAGAGGUAUUUUAUGGUAACAAAGUAUUGAUCUUAUUCUUUUGAUAUUAUUUUAUUGAAUUUUUUAUG